AUGAAGUUACUCAUCACCAUCUCUGUAAUGCUGAGCAUUCUCGUCACAGACAUAGCAUCAGUAAGUUUUGCAACCGUGGCAGGAACUCCAACUGACAAGCGCUUGUGCAUAUUUCCAUGUUUGACCAUAAAUGCAAAGCUUCCUCUUUCACCCAUGGCCCAAGCCUAUUUUUAGCAACGUCUUUCUUUUUUGGUUACUGCUGGUACGUGCAGGAGGUUGUACUCUGGGAUAUAUAACCUGAUAAAUACUUUUUUACAUAUUUAUUUCAAAGCAAUACGUGUACCUCAACGUUUCCUUCCUUUUGAUCACCUCUCUGCCCUUUCCAUCUCCCAGUCCGUACAACACACACACAAACUAGACUUCUUCCUCUGCUCUUCUCUCCUCAUUUCUCUGGACUGCUUCUUCUAACCCGCCCUUUAAAGCUAUCCCUUCUCCCCUUGCUUUUUCAAGCAACUGUCUAGCUCUUUCCCAAACCCUUGGUUCUUCUGCUUCCUCCUCCACCUCGCCCUUCUGCCUGCUUCUCUCUUAGAUAAUAGAAUAUUAGAUAUGAUUCUGCCUGCCCCACGCUAUGUGACUUAGCUGCAGAAAGUCUCUUCUCCACAAAAUUAUUUUAUAAGAAUUAUGGAACACAUACCUACAUACAUACAUGUAGUCCAAGCUACCCCUGAUUUAAUGCACAGCAGUACACAUCUGCAGACGCCACCCAUUAUAUAUGACUGGACUACAACUUUCAUCUGCCCCAACCAGUAUGGACAGUGGUCAGGGAUGAUGGUCCAACAAGAACUGAGAACACCAUGUUGGUUAGCCCUGCUUUACACCCUAAAGCUUAGCAAAAUCAUCUGUAAGAAACUGCCCUACCUCUCCGGGUUGUUAUGAGGGAAAUGAAAAUAAGGGGAGGGGGAGUUAUUUAGGAUUAGCUUCAUCUAAAUAAUGCUUCCUUAUUUUUCCUUUAGAAUAAUUUGUGUCUGUCUUUGUUCCCUCUUAGUUUCACCACCGGAAGAAAGAUCGCAGGCUGGGAAGCAAAGCUAAAUAUGAACAUAAAGGUAAAGAAAUCUUUGCAGCUUUUUGUUGACAUCUGAAAACUACUGCUGCUCUUUGACAAAGUGCCAAAUUCCUUGUUUUGCACAUGUAAUGAACCUCUGAUAGCCCCUUCUUUGAGAUAGCACCGCUUAACCCUUUCAUCACCCUCUGCUUUCUCGCUGCAAUAUCUCUUGGCGAUUCCCCUCUCUCAAAGAAACAUUAUGGUUCCCAUGGAAGGAAAGGCAACGGAUGGGGAAUCUGCAGCAGAAACAUCUUAAUUGGGGACCUCUCCUCCCUCUAUCUUCUUCUUCCAGAAAUUUUAAGCAAUACAUAACUUAUCUAAAUUUAAAGUAACAUCUUUCUCCAAGGUCUUUCUUCCCGAAGCUUCUUUUUCUUAGAGCAGUCUUCUGGGUGGGGCUGAUGGGAGUUGCAUAAAAUAUCUAGAGGGCAAUAGGAUGAGGAAGGCUGUCCUUGAAGAAGGGGCCCACUGAAGUUUUGCUACGCAUUUGGACGUGAUGCGAUGUUUGGCCUACAGUGUGGCAUACUACAAUUUCCCCACAAUGUCUUGUUUGCAGGUUGCACCUGUCUGAAUGGAGGAACCUGUGUCUCCUACUACCUCUUUUCUGGAAUGAGGCGUUGCUUAUGCCCCAAAGGAUAUAGUGGGGACCACUGUGAAAUCGGUAGGUGAUCACUUCAAAACUUGUUUCCGUUUUUACCCAAAAGCUCACGGCCUUUAGAAAUUAAAGAACGCCAAUAAAUCCUCCAGUUUUCUGGAAUAGACAAAGCCACUCUGGACACUCUCCCCCCCCCCCCAAAAAAAGAAACAAGAGAUUGGGUUUGAGGGUUGAGAACUGGUAUCUGAAAAGGUAGAGUAAAAAUCAGCACAGCACUAAGGCGAUUGUUCCACCUGCGCAAUCAUCUCUGCUUGCUUGAUGGAAUGAUGACCCUCUCCCUCCCCGCUCCUGUCCACUGUUUUGUGGGUUCUCCCAACUUUCCAGAGCAGUUUUGGAGGAAGCAUGGGGGGGUGCAGGGGGAGGAGAGCAGAAAAAUCCCUGUUGUGCUAGUGGGAGCCCUCGAGCUGGCUUCCACUAGUGGAAUUGGUUUGCUGGAUCUGGCCCUAUAGUUCCAGAAUCCAGAGGCAGGGUCAUGUUAGUCUGUUGCAGCAAAACAGCAAAAUCUCAUGGGGCCCACUUCAUGAAAUGUGUGAAGCGCUUCCCUGAAUUAUAGGUUUAUAUACAUAUGGUUAGGGACGCGGGUGGCGCUGUGGGUUAAACCACAGAGCCUAGGGCUUGCCGAUCAGAAGGUCAGCGGUUCGAAUCCCCGCGACGGGGUAACCCCCCGUUGCUCGGUCCCUGCUCCUGCCAACCUAGCAGAUCGAAAGUACGUCAAAGUGCAAGUAGAUAAAUAGGUACCGCUCCGGCGGGAAGGUAAACGGCGUUUCCGUGCGCUGCUCUGGUUCACCAGAAGCGGAUUAGUCAUGCUGGCCACAUGACCCGGAAGCUGCACGCCGGCUCCCUCGGCCAAUAAAGCGAGAUGAGCGCCACAACCCCAGAGUUGGCCACGACCGAACCUAAUGGUCAGGGGUCCCUUUACCUUUACAAACAUAUGGUUGGUGGGGUGGGACUGUCAACCCCAAAGUCAGAGAGAAAUGAAAUGCAGAGAAGUAUAGACACGUUGGCAAUAACAUCCUGGCACUGGCAAGUCAAGAUUUAACAUGACAAAAAUCCUUUGUCUCAAUGGAUUCCAUGGAACCUCUCAGCUGCCAAUUCUCCAUCAGCACUGACAAUCCUCUUGUUUUCUCAACAGAUGCGGAAAGUCGCUGCUAUACAGACAACGGGGAGGACUACAGAGGGACUUUGUCGGUGAAUGAGAAAGGUGACAGGUGCCUGGACUGGGACUCCCCUUCGCUGCAGAGAUGGCCUUAUCAUGAUGGCAUGGAGAAUGCCAUGAAACUUGGGUUAGGAAAGCACAACUUCUGCAGGUAAGUGAAAUGCAAUGGAAUGUACUGCUAUAGGUCCAGCUGCCCUCUUUUUCAUUUCUCCCCCAACCCAUAGUUCCACAGUUGCCAUGUGCCAAUAAUGCAUCAAAUCAUCUGGCUGGCAUUCCACAAGAACAUCAGCUGUGGUGAAUGACUAGAUCUUCUACUAUAACUUGUACUUUUAAGAAUGGUUAGGAUUUCAUUCACAUUGUCUUCAUUGAUGCAAACAGGGAUUCCGUAUGGUUCUCUUUGGAUGACAAGGACAAAGUAUAACUAAUAGUUGAGCAAAAGAGUUAUUUUGCCUGGGGCACCUUGCCCCACCUACUGAAAGCCCUUCUUUAGGCAACUUUGCCAGGUUCAAGGGUUCUGUUCAACGUUGCCAAUAGUUAUACUUGGUAGUUUGCAGGAUUAGUGCCCUGCAGGAACAUUUAACUAGCAUUAGUAAGAAUAUAGGUGAACUGGAUGACUUCAGCAUACUGUACUGUACUGCCGCCCCCUGCAGGUUGGCGUUGGUAUUACUGAGGAUCAUUCUUUUGAAGGCAAUAUUCCAUUGUUUUUCAGAAAUCCAGAUGGCCGAUCCAAGCCGUGGUGUUACGUUAGGAAUGGUUAUCGAACCUCUUCAACAUCCUGCAAAAUCGACGUAUGCCGAAAAGGUAUAUUAUUACUUAGAGUGCCAGAUAUUUAUAAACUUUUAAAAUCAAAGCAAGGUAGACAACAACCAGUUCAGAUUCUGUUUCAAGAGGCAGAAAAUUCUAUGCGUCCGAGAGCUUACUUUGCAAACAGUAUCUAAUUUGCAAGAUGCAUUGCAAAGAUAGAUGGGGAGCAAGGAAUGGAGACGGAUACCAGGAUAUUCUUGAAUAACCAUGAACCCUGCAGGACUCCCCCACCCACAACAAAUAAAGAGAGCCAGUUAUCUGUGUUAUAUUAAUACAUAUUGAAGACUACAUACACAAUCCCAAAUAACGAUGGAUACUAUAAAAUACCCAACAACUGCAAACCACUGGUAAAAAAAAAGCCAUUUGAAUGAACAGCCUUUCUCAAGUUCCUGCAAAUUGUUAACUGCUUCUAAUUCCUUAGGAAAGAGUUCUUUCCUCAGGCUUGUGAAGGCAGCAUUUCAGACAGUAGAUAGCAGCACAGUCCACAACCAGAAACAAAUGUUCCAUAUAGGAAGAUGAAGCAAGUUUGAUUAAUUUCACCCAUCAUAUAAACUUUCCCAGGAGGAAGCUAUUGGAUAUAAUUGGGUCCCUUGAUGUUUCCCAUAGAUUCAUGUAAUGAGACUCUCAUAGUGUGUAUUUUUAUCUCCACCUACAAUCCUUCAUCCAAAAUGUACCGUAUUUUUCUGUGUAUUCGACGCCCCCAUGUAUAAGAUGCCCCCUAUUUUGGGGGACUCAAAUUUAAGAAAAUGGGGGAAGAUGGCUCAGAGUUGUUCAGCUUUUUUGGGGGGGAUUACCCAGGGUUGGUUACCUUUUUGGGGGGAUCCAUCACGCAUCUGUCCCCUCACCAGCAGAAGCAGCCAAUCAACACCAGCCAUUGGCGCAGCAACCAAUAAGAAGCCCUAUAGCAUUGACAGCCACGGCAGCAACCAAUCAUACAUCCACUCUAAGCACUAUCCAUGUAUAAGAUGAGCCCCAGUUUUAUGCAUAAUUUUAAAUGAAAAUAACCUAGUCUUAUACAUGGAAAAGUACGGUACUUGGCAGCCGCCGCCAGAAUAUCUCUGGGGCAACUGGACUGCCAAGAGAGUAUCAUCCAGUGCACCACGGACUAUGGGAAAUGCAGUUUUCCAAGGUGGCUGAAAACUCAGUAGGAACAUUGGGCACUCUGAAAGUGACGUGUCUCAAUACUUUUUCCUAAAAGCUAGCAUGGAGCUAAGCUUGCUCAAAACAAAAGCAAAGAGCCUAGGACAUUUAGUGCCAUAUUCCGCUAAAUCAUUUUGGUCAUGGAAGCCAACGCAACCAUUUCCACAAGUGCAAUGGGGCUUUCCCCCUCCCACACAGCCACAUGCUCCAAAGGGUCAGGAAAGCCCCCAAAAUGGUGUACAGGGGGAGGAGAAGGAAGGUCAUUCCAUCUGGCAGUCAGAAAUGCUUGAGCUGAUGGCUCCUUAGCGUUACAUUGAAAGCAGCCCAUGGUUUCCAGAGCAUCUGAUAUCUUUACUCAGAUGCCCUGCAGAAUCGCACGUCCCAAGGAUCUGUGCUCACCUCCUUACACUCAGAAGCUCAAGUUUUCAGUCUGAGAUGGAAGUGGUGCAUGAUUCAUAAUGAAGCCAAGCGCUGCAAGCUGAAGAAAUUCCUAUUCUGGGCCAGAUACUAACUUUGGCAAGUUAAGUAGACAAAAAUAAUUUGUCAGUGGACAGUUAGCAUGUUCAGUAGAAGGAUUUUCGCUUAGCCUGUUCCCCAGUGUGCGAGCAUUCUAUGCAGAGGGAGCAUUAAGAAUAUAUAUGACCCCUCACCUGCAGUCCUAGCGGUACAAAUUCAGGAAGGAUGUUUCCAUAUCAUCAGUUGGAAGGUGUUGAUCAGACCUUAAUCUUGGCCUAGAAAUUUGUGAGGGGCAGCCAAACUUUGCAGAUCUUCAUGGGGAUCUUGCUACCCUGAGGACCUAGUCUUUAUUGUGAAGAGCUAAAGUGUUAUGUACUGAAGUUCUCACCCUGGGCUAGCAGGGGGAUACUGUAGAUAGUUAUGCAAAUAAGGGAUCGAAAGUGACGUUCAGUGAUUGGAUAGUUUUAGAAAAUUGUUACAGUUAUGUUGUACUGGAGCUCUAUAUAAGCAGGCUGACUGAACCCUUAAGUUCAGUUCUGUUCUGGCCUGUGAAUAAACAAGAGCUGUUUGAAGAAUUGCUGUGUCGUCUGAUAUGUUCACCCACAACUUAACAUAAAGCUAUGUUCGUUCUUCACUGGAGCAAAUCCUUGAGGUUCUCUCUUCCUUUUACAGAAGCCACAUGUGGCCAGAGGAGCUUCCGCAAGUACUUCAAGAUUGUGGGCGGUUACAAAGCACCCAUCGAGUCUCAGCCUUGGAUAGCAACCAUCUACCACACCGAUAAGAGAGGAGGUAGUCAGUUUCUUUGUGGCGGUAGCCUCAUAGAUCCGUGUUGGGUCCUGACAGCGGCACACUGCUUCGGAAGCAAGUAAGUACUUCACAACCAACUUUUUCCUUUUAAUUCUCCACUUCGGAAUUGUUUUCUAGAUAAGAGAUCCCUUAGUGAACAUCCCAUACUGUGAAAGGGAAGGAUUUUAGCUCACUGGUACAGCAUAUGCUCUGUGUGCAAAAGGUCUCAUGCUCCUUCUGCAGGUAGGGCUGGGGGAAAACUCCCAUGACUAGGAAAUGUUGGCAACAGGCCAAUGAACUGGAUGGGCCAGUGGUCUGGCAGUAUAAGACAUCUUUCCUGUGUUUCUUCAUUUCAUUAUUAGAUUAUAAACUAUCCUUCAUCAUAGGAUCUCUCUUUUUUUUAUAAAAUAAUUUUUAUUAACAAACCAAUCAAAUCACAUUAGUUCCUAAUUACAAAACCGAAUUUUAAAUUUUUGUUGGGGGUACCCACGCUUCGAGCUCAGAAAGGGAUCCAAUCAUCUCUCAUUUCUGCUGCUUUGAUGUUCACAGUUCUGUCCAUUCAUCUCUUUGUUGUUUUCCUUUACAAAUCAUCUUUCAAUCUUCUUGUUGUUAUCGUAUUUUUUCCCUUUCUUUAUAACCUCUGAAAGUCUCCACAAGCGAGUUGAAACAAACGUUGUUAUAGCCCUGUGUGGAUUUUCACAUUAAUCCAAAAGUCAUAUUCAGACGGCAGACGCCAUUUCAACACUUCCAUAGAAAACAGUCUUAGCGUCUGCUCAUUAGCUUUCACAGACCUGUUGCUCCAACAUCAAUCUUUUCAGGGGGUUCUGCCAGAUCAAACACAGAGUCAAGUAUGAUAACAAAGCCGUGGCUUCCUCCCCCUUUUGACCGUCGAUCCUGCAACAGAGCCUGUCUUGUCAUGGCGGUUCUCUUUUACAACUGCUUCGUCCCAAAAGCCUUCCAUUUCCUUUCCAGAUCUUCCACAAAGCAAAGCCUUUAGUUAAUGAUUCAUUUCCACACAGUUCAUUAUUAUCUCACUUAUCAUCAGUUAUUGCAACGGUUCUUCUUAGGGGGGGUUGUUCUUCAUCAUAGGAUCUCAGGGCAGUUCACAGAAUAAAAUACGGGGGGGGGGGACCAAGUAAAUAAGUAAAACAAAACAGCAAAACAAUACCUCCUCAUUUCCACAGACACAUUUAAAAGGCUGUAGAAUAUUAAUCAGUCAAAGGCCUGAUUGAAGAGGAAUAUUUUCGCCUGGCGCCUAAAAAUAUAUAAUGAAGGUCCCAGAGCUUUUUCUUUAGUGACAAAAUUGACGAAUAGCCCAGUCUUAGGAUUGUUGAGGGUUAAGUCUCACUAAAAUCAGUGAAGGUUCCUGUCAAGUAAGUGGGUUUAGUAUUACAGCCCAUGGUUGUAGUCCUACACAUACUUAGCUUAUUGAAUUCUGCAUAGGUUUGCACUGUAAGUGUGUAAGUUUCAGCUGCACUUGCAGAAGUUAUCUUUCUCCUAGAUCAAUUGCUGAACUUACAUAUAUUUUCUUUUGGCGUUUAUAUUGUAACAGCCACUUGAUAGCUAUAAAUAAUAUUUGCCUGUCGGUGCAGUACUUGUAAGUACUUGUGUGUGGCUCCUUUAAAAAAGUUGGUGACCUUUUCAGUUACCAAAGACUCCCCCCCCCCCCCCAGUUAAUAAAACCUAUCUGUAUGCUAAAUUUCACAAUCCUAUACAAACACAUUUUAACUCUCACCCACAAAUGUUGUUCUAGACCAGAAGGAAUGUACCCAUAUGAUACAAUAAGGCUUAUGAUACACAAGGAGUAAGCGCCAUUGAAUUCAAUAGGACUUACCUCUGAGUGGACAUGGUUAGGGGCAGCCUGUGCAUGUUAGUAAAAGAAGACCCAUCGAGUCCUAAAAUUGUUAUAGGAUUGCAUCCUAAAUACUGGAAAACCUAUUUAAAAAAACCAACCAAAGUUUAGAAAGUGAUUUAUUAAAUUGUAGGAUAUUGCUACUGCUAUAUCUUUGUUUACCAAGAAAUAUAUGAAAUUAAUAUAUUUGAAGAAGUGCUUUAGAACUUUUUGGAAAGCAAUCCUUUUCUAUAAAAAAAAAGUUUUGUGUUGAUAUAUGCUCAUGUUUUGCUGGUUCAAAAUGAGAUGUUCUCAAAUGUCUGUAUUUUUAAGACAGAAUAGCUACAUGUGCUAGGAGACAUGUUAAAUUUUAAGUCCCACCAUUCACCUAGCAAAACAAUGAGGCUCAAACAAGAAAGAGGACUGCAAAAUUAUGUUUCUGUUCUCUUGUGACCGAGACAGAAAACUGAGCAAAUGUGAAAGUUAGAGUGGGGAGAUAUGCCCCUGUAUAAAUUUUCCCCUAAUCAAUGUUUUCAUUGCUUUUCAGCACUCCUGACCUAUCCAAGCUGACUGUUAUUCUCGGGAAGUCUGAAUUGUACACUGAUGAUACGAAGGAGCAAAAAUUUAAUGUUGAUAGGGUUGUCAUUCAUGAGGACUACACACUUCAAAGAACGGAUUAUAAUAAUGAUAUUGGUAAGUGACAUCUCCAGCUUCCCUUCUGAAUCAUAGACAUGUUUCACCUGAGCAUGCAAAAAACCGAGGAACAAAUGUUUCACCCAAGUACUGCUGCAAAAUAAGGGCCCAUUUUAGUGAGAAAUGGUGUAGGUUGUGUACUUCUAAAGCACAUUUGAAGCCCGUUCUUUUUGUCAAAGAAUUCUAGUCAUUGUAGUUUACCUCUCACAGAGUUACCUGCAGCGCCCAGAAUCCUUUGAGGGAACGAAUGUGCUUCAAAUGUGCCUUAAAAUUAUAGUGUGUUACACAGCCUUACAGCAAAACACCUCGUAUUUCAUUGUCAUGACAUCAUCCCCAUAUUUGCAAACGAUACGAAAAUGACUGCAGAUGAUAGCUUAGGAAAAUAUACAGGUACGAAUGAGCUAUCUUCUUUCACCAAACAUUUGGGGGUGGGUGUUCUAUCAGAUCAUUGUAAGGAAAAUACUUUGAGAGUCAAGGAAGAUGAUUUCUUCUCUCACUGAGGCAGUCAAGAGAUUAAUUUUUCCUGGGUUGGCGGUGUUUCACUAUCUCUAGGCAGUCCUGGAAAUGCUUACGAUGUGUUUCUAUGGUUAAACAAAUUAUUUUUAUUUAUCAUUUAUCAAACCUAUUAGUUGCUUGUCACCCAAAGGUCUUCAAGCGACUUACAGCAAAGAAAAAUAUACAAUACAUAAGGUGGGGGGAAUGGGGAAUCAUAUAAUAUGUUAUAUGAAAUAUUAAUGUAACAUUUAUGGAAAAAACAAACAAGUAAACCAUACCAGCCAUAUAAAUAAUAGCAGAUUAAAACGGGUGAGGGGAGAUGCCCAUUAACAAAGUACAUAUACUUUUUAUUAUUCUCAUUAAAAUACUCUAUUAAUUACUGAACAUAAUAAAAGAGUCCAUUUUAAGCUACAUUUUUUUAUCAGAUCUCGCAAUCUAAAUUAUCAGCGGGAGGUAGGGAUUAUGCAUACAAGUAAAUGCAGUAACAUGACUACAGUGGUACCUCGGGUUACAUACGCUUCAGGUUACAUAUGCUUCAGGUUACAGACUCCGCUAACCCAGAAAUAUUACCUUGGGUUAAGAACUUUGCUUCAGUAUGAGAAGAGAAAUCGUGCUCCGGCAGCGUGGCAGCAGGAGGCCCCAUUAGCUAAAGUGGUGCUUCAGGUUAAGAACAGUUUCAGGUUAAGUACGGACCUCCGGAACGAAUUAAGUACAUAACCAGAGGUACCACUGUACAAUCAUAUGUCGUCUGGAAAAGCAGCUGGAACGGAUAGCUCUAAAUAUAUAUUAUUCUGUUUCUAAAGAGUUUAGUGUUAGAAGGUUCCGUGUAUGACAUGCAUUCUUUAUUCCUUCUUUAGCCCUAAUGAGGAUCCGAUCAUCUUCCGGCCAGUGUGCACAGGAGUCAGACACUGUGAAGACCAUCUGCUUGCCAUCGCAAGACUCGUUUCCAGACAAUUUCCAGUGUGAAGUUUCUGGCUAUGGAAGAGAAAACAAGAGUAAGUUGACAGACACCUUUCCCAUUCCUAAUGCAGGUUGUGUGGCAUGUGUUACCGGCACUAUCAGGAACCAUUAGCCUUCCAGAAGCUGCUAGACUACAACUCCCAUCAUUUCUGACUGCUGGUCAUGCUGGCUGGGACUGCUGGGAGUUGUGAAUUCAACAACACCUUGAGUAUCACAAAUUCCCCAUCCUUGCUUUUGAACCUUGCUAGAGGCCAGUCGCUAAGGUUGCAUGUGCUCUGUGCGCCCAGCUCCAGUACAGCUCUGGUUCUGCAACAAACAAACUCAUAGUCUACAUACAAAAGUCUUUGUGCCAUUUGGUUUGCAUAAUUUAGUUUGUUCGCCGUUAUCCGCUAGACUGAAGAAGAGGAAUUUGGGUUUCGUGUAUGAGGCUAUUCAGUGAGGCAGGCUCUGACGUUGCUUUGUUUUUGCAAUGAAAAAGAUCGCUUUAGACUUCACUGAGAAAAAGAACCCAACCAACUGUCAUGUUUCUGGUUUGCAGCUGACAUUUACUUCGCAAGGAUCCUGAAAUCAACCAAUGUCAACCUGAUACCCCAGUCUUUGUGUAAGAAAUACUAUAAGGACAGGGUGACGGACAACAUGUUCUGUGCUGGAGAUCAAACGUGGCAGACAGAUUCAUGCAAAGUAAGUUUCCUUGUGCACAAUGUCUACAUUUUAUGUCAAAAGAAUGGUCUGGCUAAUGCAGUCCCUUUCUCUAGAAUAGGCCUAAUGCACAUCUGAAGAUUUAGAAUUUAAUAUCCCACUACACAAAACAUCUUGCAAGAUACAUGUUUGCAGCAAGGAACACAAUCCUAUUUAUUCCGCUAGGCUAAGCCAGCUCCAAUUUGGAAUCUGUUGAAAGAGGAUUCCUUGAUGCUAGAGCAGCUUUUCGCAAAGUUGGGUCCCCAAAGGUUGCUGGACUACAACUCCUAUCACCCCCGACCACAGGUCCUGGCACUUAGGAGUUGUAGUCCAACAACAACUAGGGACCCAAAUUUGAGAAUGGCUGUGCUAGAGCUUAAGCUGUCAUGGCCACUUUCUUUCCUUUGUAGCCUUAUGAGGCUUUGCCCUCGGGUGGGAAAAAAUAUUGUGCCCGGGAAAGGGAGUGGGAGUCAAACAGACACUCAAGGAAUAGUUUUCGGAGAAAAAGCUUUAUUUCUACCAUCCAUGAACUGGUAGAAGGAGCAAGUGUGAUAGUUCACAAACAAGCACGGGUUCACAGUCAUUUGCACAGAGCAUAUAUUCCCCUUCCAGUUCCCUCCCCUUUCUCCUCCUCUUCAAGAGUCCUGCCCCAUGUUGAGUUCCCCUGAGCAUGAACAGAAAGCUCCUAUUUUUGGGAAAGGGGGGUGAGAAGCCAAGGGGGGUCGCCAAGCCUUGUGGUUCAGCAUGUUCAAAGAUGUUGCAACUGAAUGAGAUAAAAGUCAGGUCUCAGGCCUGCUUUGAACAGAGCCUAUUCAUUAGCUUUUUGAAGCCUUCUGGUGCUGAUAAAAGAAUAACAUUUUUCCUAUGCAUCUUGUGAGAAAAGCAGAGAAGAGCAGAGAAAAGCUGUUUUGGAGUUUUAGAAGAGAGAAAGGGAAUUUUGGACAGUUUUGAGGCCUGGGGUGAUUAUUGAGGGGGGGGGUGACUUCGGGCCUAGGUGGGGUCACCUGUCCUCACCUCCUUCACCUUGUGUCCCAUUACUGUAAAAUAGGGCACUAGUGCAACCACAGUGGUAGCAGAAUUCCUGAGAUGUGCUUUUCCCUAGCUUUCUUCUCUUUAAAUGCUCACCAUCAUUCUUAUGUUCCAUCAGGGAGAUUCUGGCGGUCCCCUGGUUUGUGCAAGCAGCGACAGGAUGGUGCUAUAUGGUAUCGUCAGCUGGGGCGACGGCUGUGCUGACAAAGAGAGGCCUGGCGUCUACACAAGAGUCACAAAUUACCUUCGCUGGAUCGAAACCCACAUGAACGGCAUCCAUUUCAAAAGUUCCUACCUUCCUAAAUGA